AUGCUCGCCUUCCUCCUCCUCUUCCUUGGCCUCGUCCUGGCGGCGCCAGCCCCGCAGGUUGUCUCCGAUCUCCCCUCCCCCAAGUCCACAUUCCUCCCCGAAGGCCCCACAACCGUCGUCUACACCUGGACGUACCCGUAUACCCAAACCAAGACCGUGGUCUAUGGCGGGCCAGACUGGACGACUUAUGUCGAUUACACCACGAUCGAGGGGACGCGCGUGCUCCAGACCGUGGUUGCGCCUACGCGUGUGGCUAUAUCUAACCCCGUUGCUACGUCGUCUUCUGCGGCGGCCGGGAAGAGCAAGGAUUGCAGUUGGGUGAUGAUUCUGGUUCUUAUUUUGGGCAUGCUGGUGCUUAGUGCCCUCGCGGCUUGGUUCCUCCUCCAUCGCCGGAAGACGAAGAGUGCCGCAGCCGCUGCGACCGUACCCGUGGUCAAGAAGUCGCCGAGCAUCGCGAGCAGCGACGCGUCGUCGACCUACUCGAAGGAGGAGGCGUGA